GGGCGGGACCGGAAGAGGAGCCGCGAGGCGGUGACUUCCGGUCCUCGUGCCCCCCCCCUGAGGAGAGGGCGGGACCGGAAGGGGAGCGGCGCGAGGCGGUGACUUCCGGCGCCCCCCAGGGGGUCACUUCCGGUCCUCGUGCCCCCUGAGGCGAGGACGGGGAAGCAGCCGCUAUGGGCCCGCUGCCCCGGGCCCUGACCAUCCGUCCGCUCGUGGCCGCCUGGCCUUGGGUAAGCAGACCCCUGAGCUGCGGGCAGGCGCCCGCCCAGGGCGAGCCCCGACCAUCCGUGCUGAGGCAUCUGCUGGCCAAAAUCAAAGCCACCGGCCCCAUUUCGGUGGCCGAAUACAUGCGCGAGGCUCUGACCAACCCCGCCAAGGGAUACUAUGUGCAUCAUGACAUGCUGGGAGAAAAGGGAGAUUUUGUAACUUCACCCGAAAUAAGUCAGAUCUUCGGCGAGUUACUAGGGAUAUGGUACAUUAGCGAAUGGAUGGCGGCUGGAAAAAAUUCAACUUUCCAAUUGGUGGAGCUGGGCCCGGGAAGGGGCACUCUUACUGGUGAUAUUUUACGGGUAUUUGAUCAGCUUGGGUCCGUUCUGAAAAACUGUGACAUUUCUGUACACAUGGUAGAAGUCAGCCCAAAAUUAAGUGAAAUCCAAGCCUCCACACUGACCGGAGAGAAAACGCCACUCGAGCGUGACGACGGAUCGCCAGCGUACAUGAGUGGGGUAACGAAGACUGGGAUUCCAAUUAACUGGUACAGGGAUCUGCAAGAUGUACCUCAAGGCUACAGCUUUUACUUAGCACACGAAUUUUUUGAUGCUCUACCAGUGCAUAAGUUUCAGAAAACGCCACAGGGAUGGCGUGAAAUUUUCAUUGAUGCGGAUCCACUCGUUUCUGACAAACUCAGGUUUGUCUUGGCUCCUUCUUCCACUCCUGCGGAACUCUUCAUACAGAAAGAAGAAACAAGAGAUCACGUGGAAGUGUGCCCUGAUGCGGGGGUGAUCAUUCAGAGACUUUCUCAGCGUAUCGAAGGGACAGGCGGGGCAGCGCUAAUCGCGGAUUAUGGGCACGAUGGAACCAAGACGGAUACUUUUAGAGGCUUUCGGGGUCAUAAGCUUCACGAUGUCUUAACAGCCCCAGGAACUGCAGACUUAACAGCCGAUGUGGACUUCAGCUAUCUGCGUAGAAUGAUACGGGGAAAAGUGGCUUCUUUGGGACCCAUAAAACAACAGACAUUUUUGAAAAAUAUGGGUAUUGACAUCCGGCUAAAGGUUCUGUUGGACAACUCAAGUGAUUCAUCUCUACGGCAGCAGUUACUCUGUGGUUACGAUAUGCUAAUGAACCCCACGAAGAUGGGAGAAAGAUUCAAGUUUUUUGCUCUACUAUCUCAACACAGACUUCCAGGAGCCAGUAACCAAAUUAAUUCGAGCCGUUCAAAAUCCCCUCCGUCACCCGUUGCUGGCUUUGGAGAACUUUCCUGGAAGUAAGAUUUCAGUUUGGACCCUUCCUUCCCCCAAACAAGUCUACUAAAUAAAUCACACUGAAAAGACCACAUGUAGUAUAGUUAUACUGAGAGGGCCUGUUUGGGGGGAAGAAAAUUAAAUUAUUAAACCCCAGUGGAUUUAAACUUAAGCAGUUAAAGUAAGCCAGUUCUGGAAUGGCUUAUGGCUCUGAGCUAAACAGACGACCCGCAACUCCAUGAAAGCAAAGGAAAGAAUGGCCCUCAUCCACUCCAACCAUGAGUGAAAGUCUUAGCAUGCCAGAUCUCCAACUAGACUUAUUAAGGGUCUCCGAAAAUGGCCACAAAGACCCUCCCAAGCGCUGGCACCAAGCUCCGCACAUCAUCAUCAUCAUCAUCAAUCGUAUGUAUUGAGCGCUUACUAUGUGCAGAGCACUGUACUAAGCGCUUGGGAAGUACAAAUUGGCAACAUAUAGAGACAGUCCCUACCCAACAGUGGGCCGCACAUAGUCACAGCUCAACAAAUACCACUGAAGGUGACAAAGAUCUGACUUUUGUGGGGAAGCAAAAGCGACAUCUUUAUUACCCUUUAACUCUUCAAAACCCGCCUGCCACUCCCUCCGCAACUAUAUGCUCUCGUCCUACAAGACUUGUUCCGGACACAAAGCUCCUUUGCUUGUGAAGAGAAGUUACUGGGAAAGAGAAUUUCCGCUAAUCAAUAAACCUACUUGAUUCUUGA